AUGGAGCAUCCGCGCGGCGGCGCAGCGUCCGCCGACAGAGAAAAGGCCUCUUCCUGUUCUGUUAAUGAAGCCUCCAUGGGGCUCCUGCCGGGCCCCCCGUCGCCCACCCAUCAACCUCCGCUGACUCGUUACGUCAUCAUUCGUUAUGCUCACCAACAGCAGCCACCUCCAAACGCCUACAAAAUCCUCAGCUGCCGGAGCACCGACGCCGGUCCCCGGGAGGAUCCAGGGUUCGAGGCGGGGGAGCCGGGUCCCCGGAGCGGGCAGCAUGCACUCGGACUGCAGGCUGCAGUAAUGCUGGGCGGGGGACCGUCGGGGGCCGCGGGGCUCCUCGUCCUGUGGAUCCUCGCCGUGCUCACCCAGGGAGGCUGCCGGGCGCAGAAAGGCGACGGCUGCGGCCCCAGCGUCCUCGGCCCCGGCAGCGGGACUCUGUCCUCCCUGGGCUACCCCAGGACGUACCCCAACAACUCGGUGUGCGAGUGGGAGAUCCGGGUCCCGCCGGGCCAGAGGAUCCACUUCCGCUUCGCCCUGCUGGACAUCGAGGACGGAGACUGCCAGGUCAACUACCUCCGCCUGCACGACGGCAUCGGCCCCGGCAGGAGCCAGAUCGAGAAGUUCUGCGGUCUGGGUCUGGAGGUGGGGGACCUGAUCCAGUCCUCAGGGAACCAGGUCACGGUCCAGUUCAUGAGCGGGACGCACCACACGGGCCGAGGGUUCUACCUGUCCUACUCCACCACCGAACACCCAGAUCUGAUCACCUGUCUGGACCGAGGGUCCGACUUCCCGGAGGCCGAGUACAGUAAAUAUUGUCCCGCCGGCUGCCUGACGUCUCCGGAGGAAAUCUCCGGGUCGAUACCCAAGGGCUACCGAGAGUCGUCUCCUCUCUGCGUGGCGGCGGUCCACGCCGGCGUGGUGUCGGACGCGGCGGGCGGCCGGAUCAGCGUGGUGAGCAGCAAGGGAAUCCACCACUACGAGGGAACGCUGGCCAACAACGUGACGUCCACGGGAGGAACUUCGUCCAACAGCCUCUUCACCUUCAGAACCAGCGGUUGCUACGGGAAACUGGGCCUGGAGUCGGGCGGCGUCCUGGACGGGCAGCUCAGCGCCUCGUCGUCGUGGGACUGGAGCGCCGACGGAGACCAGAACCGGGUCUGGGGGCCGCCGGGGGCCCGGCUCAAAAGGGCCGGGCUUCCCUGGGCGCCGGCUCACAGCGACCCGCAGCAGUGGCUGCAGGUGGACCUGAAGAAGGAGACCAAGAUCACAGGCAUCAUCACCACCGGCUCCACCCGGAGGGAGUUCCCAUACUUCGUCUCGGCGUUCCGGCUCCGCUACAGCGACGACGGCAGGAAGUGGUUCGUCUACAGCGAAGCCGACUCCACCCGGGACAAGGUCUUCCAGGGAAACACCAACUACCUGCAGGAAGUGAGGAACAACUUCCUGCCGCCGCUGGAGGCUCGAUUCGUCCGGAUAAGCCCCGCCUCCUGGCAGCAGCGCAUCGCGCUGAAGCUGGAGCUGCUGGGCUGCCAGGCCGCAGGACCCGCCCGCCGGACCACGGACCUCCGGCCCCGGAUGUCGCCUGACUCUCCGCCGCUAGCCGGAACCAAGCGGCCGCCGUACCUGGUUCUGACCACGCCCACCCCGGACAUCAGGAACACCACCAUGCCGCCGCACACCGGGAAAGACGGGGUUCUGGCGGCGGUUCUGAUCCCGGUCCUGGUGACGGUCUCCACGGUGCUGGUCCUGGCGGUGGUGUGUACGCUGUACCGGAGGAACAGGAAGCAGAGCUCCGAGAGAACGUACGACCUUCCCCAGUGGGACCGGACAGAUUGGUGGAAGAGCAUGAAGCAGCUGCUUCCGUCCAAGAUGGUGGAGACGGAGGACUCGGUCCGGUACAGCAGCAGUGAGGUGGGCCGCCGCGCCGGGCCGGGACUCCACGCCGCGCCUGCAGAGUACGCCCAGCCGCUGGUGAGCGGCGUGCCGACGCUGGGCGCCCGCUCCACCUUCAAGCCGGACGAGGGUCCCGACCCGGGAUACUCGGACCCGGAGCUGUACGACGCCCCGCUGUCCCCGGCCUACGCCGAGCCGCUGCCGGCCUCGGGGGCCGAGUACGCCACGCCCAUCGUGGUGGACAUGGGCUGCCACCCGGCGGCGCUGCUCUCACGGACAAACAGCGGCGGCGGCGGCUCGCCGUACGACACGCCCAAGAUGGCCGCCGCCGCGGGGCAGGCCACGCCCCCCGAGGACCUGACCUAUCAGGUGCCUCAGAGUCAGAGGGGGCAGAGCUAGGAGGAGCCACCGGAGCCCCCCUGGAGCCCCCGGAGGCCGGCGCCAACGCCGGCAGUCCAAACCACUGGAGCCCAGAUGGGAGGGAAUU